AGAGGUGGGGAUGGUUCUAGAGGUUGAAAUAACGUGACCAGGUGAGGAACUCCUGUGGGUGGGAAUAACUCGCCAUUGCUUCGUGACCUUUAUGCCUGACUUAGACCUUAAUUGUGGCCGAUAAUCCAUAUAGUGACAGCUCGAUGGUUGAAUUAAUUCUCUAGUUUGGGAGUCUUGAAUUCUCUAGUUCUUCUGAAGGAUUUCCGAAUCGGCGCCGAGGAAUAAUCAGAAGCAACGCAGGGAGGGAGGAGAUGUCGCCGGCAGCCCUGUGUCUCCCUAUCAUAGACCUGUCCUCAUCUGAUCGUCUCUCCACCGCCAAUUUGAUCCGCCAGGCAUGCACUGAGUAUGGUUUUUUCUACCUAAUGAACCACGGAGUGGAGAAAGAGUUGCUUCAAAAAGUGUUUGAGGAGAGUAGAAACUUCUUCUUACUUCCACUGGAAGAGAAAAUGAAAUAUUCCCGCAAGCAACAUAGAGGUUAUACUCCUUUAUAUGCUGAGAAACUGGAUCCAACUCUAGGCAUCUCCAAAGGUGAUGCAAAAGAGAGCUUUUACAUUGGUCCUGUAGCAGAUCAUGCAAGUAGUCACAUGAAUGAAUGGCCUUCAGAAGAAGUACUUAAAAAUUGGAGACCUACAAUGGAAUCCCUAUAUCAGAAGCUUCUCGUGGCUGGAAGACAGUUGCUAUCUUUAGUGGCCCUGUCCUUGAAUCUGGAUGAAGAUUUCUUCGAGAAAAUUGGGGCCUUAAACAACCCAGCAGCUUUUCUUCGCCUUUUGCAUUAUCCAGGUGAAGUGGUACCCCAUGAAGAGAUAUACGGUGCCUCAGCUCACUCAGAUUAUGGUAUGGUAACCCUUUUAGUGACGGAUGGUGUACAAGGACUUCAGAUUUGCAAGGAAAAGUCCAAGCAACCCCAAGUCUGGGAGGAUGUGUCUCACAUUGAGGGGGCCUUUAUUGUGAACAUUGGGGACAUGAUGGAGAGGUGGACUAAUUGUUUGUACCGGUCAACAUUGCACAGGGUUAUGCCGGCAGGAAAAGAGCGCUAUUCCGUGGCUUUCUUUAUAGACCCAAAUCCAGACUGUGUGGUGGAAUGCCUUGAGAGCUGCUGCAGUGAAUCAUCUCCCUCCAGAUUUCCUCCAAUCCGCAGUGGAGACUACUUAAACGAGCGCCUCAGGCUCACAUAUGGAUCAUAGCUUUCUAAAAUUCUAAGAGCUAUCGAGCUGCAAGUGCGAAAUUAUGAAGUUAAGCUCACUAGAAGACUUCCGCUUCAAUUAUGGGUUUGAAAAGAAAUUUUUAGCUAAGCUAUAUAUAAAAAAACAUUCAAUAUUUACAAUAGUUUUUAACUAAAGUUGACAUUAUAAGAACCCUCAUCACUUGAACAAAUAGUUAAGAGUUUGAAUUUUAACCUUUAUGGAUGUAAAAAUUUAAUUGAAAGAAGUCUACCAUUAGUCCUCAUUA